UAUUGUCAGUUUGCAAUAAGAUUUCCAUAUUAAGACUUCUCAGUAGGAUGAUAUUUAUAUAAUAAUAAGAAUAUAGCUGGAAAUAUGGUUUUCGGCCAGCUUUCGGCGCACAUCUUUGAGCUGAUUAGUCAUCAUUUCGAGUAAGGGUAAUCGGGCGGUCUCUAGGUGCUGAUUGCGUUUAUGGCCACGUUUCUUAGUGAUAUUCAUACAUCUUAGUGAAUAGAUAUGCGUUUUAAGAGUAGAACUGUCGUAUUAACGCUUUUGUGAAUGUGGCGAAAGCACUCAAAUUGUUCUUGAUUCUUGCGGUUGGCGAGUAUGGUAUAUGGGUCUGUCCAUUGAUGUCGUUAGCUUGCUUGCAACUUUUGUAGUGUAUGAGUCUUUAUCCAGGACUGGUACCAGUAUCAGCCUAAUCAAGGAGCCAUGUAUGGCGCCAAAAUGUGAGGCCCAACCAUUGGGUCUGGCGGGAACGGCGGAGCAUUGGCGGGCUUCAGCUUUUUGACAUGUGAUAGUAAAUCUGCACCGAUGGCCACAGGAGAGGAUGGUGUUCCUACCUUCAAGUGUGUUUUGGUUGGUGAUGGUGGUACCGGAAAAACGACUUUCGUGAAGCGCCACCUGACUGGCGAAUUCGAAAAGAAAUAUGUGGCCACGCUUGGCGUGGAAGUCCACCCUAUCGUAUUCCACACAAAUCGUGGCGCGAUUCGCUUCAACGUGUGGGACACCGCUGGUCAGGAAAAAUUCGGAGGUCUUCGUGAUGGCUACUACAUACAGGCGCACUGCGCAAUCAUGAUGUUCGACGUAACAUCACGUAUCACCUACAAGAACGUGCCGAAUUGGCAUCGAGAUCUUGUGCGCGUAUGCGAAAACAUCCCGAUCGUGCUGGUCGGUAACAAGGUCGAUGUCAAGGAUCGUAAAGUGAAGGCUAAGUCGAUCGUAUUCCAUCGUAAGAAGAACCUUCAGUACUACGACAUCUCGGCAAAGUCGAACUAUAAUUUUGAGAAACCGUUCCUGUGGCUUGCGCGCAAACUCAUCGGGGAUGCAAAUCUCGAAUUCGUCGCCAUGCCGGCUCUCGCCCCGCCCGAGGUACAGAUGGACCCGGAGUGGCAGUCGAAACUCGAAAACGAUAUGAAGGAGGCCCAGAACAUCGUGCUUCCGGAUGAGGAAGAUGAUGAUCUGUAAACAUCAAUCUGUCGAUAUAUCCAAGAACUAUUAUACAUCGUCCCAUCAUCCUUAUACCUGCUUUUAUAGGGUAUACAUAACAAUAAUACACGAAAUAGAAAUACAUGGGAAGAACUAACGAACGAAGCCGGUCGCUCGCGGUAUAAAAUGACUGCGAAACAGUUAUUAUUGAUUAUUGUAAAGUAACGACGUGGCUGUCGACAUUACUCAUCCACGAGGGGACCUUUCGAUGCGAGCUGCCUGAGGCCAAAGCAAAGGAUUGAGAAAGAUGCACGUUAAGAUACGUGAUCAAGAGAAAGAGCGAACGAUCCGAGCGGAGGACCGACCCGAAGAUUCAAUGGGGUCACAGACAUAUGGGGGUAAUGGAAAGGGGUUUCAAUGUAUCUAGGGAUCAAAAAUUGUUAAUAAAUAAAGCAAAAAAAGCAAGGUUUUUUCAAGACGUUUCUGUUCGAGGACUCAAUACAGUACAGAAAUAUGGAAGCGAACUUAGUAACCUACUGAAUACACUGAAGAAUCACGGUAAUAUUAACGUUUGCAUGCUCAAACUAAUCGACCGAUCGUUGGUAGAGGCAGAAAUAAAUGGCGUGCAGUAUAUGGAAACGACUAUUAUUAUUAUGAUUAUUUUGAGGAAGUGAUUGAGAAGAAGUGGACAAAGUAUUUAGGGAGGUGUCAAUUUUAACCGUCGCGAACUAAGUAAUAUUGAUGGUGAAUAAUGAUAAUAAGUCAAGAUGUACCACGAAACCUAAAUAAAUAGGGAGCUAAUUCAAUGGCCAGUUAA